UACUUUAUGUAUUGACUAUUGGAAUAAUACUCUUCCUGUUCCCAUUCCAUUCCUUCUUUCCUACACUUCAUGAAAGUUUGGAAGUUGAUCAAACUCAAACCCCACAAAGGCAGAGGACUCUCUCUUCGAAUCGUAUUUUUAAAUGUGACAUGAUGAGAUAGUUUUAAAAAGUUGAUCAUUUGUUAGAUAUGGCGACUUGAGUGGUGCUUUUCGUUUAGGUUAUUUUGAGAGUAAAUAUGGAGAUGGAUUUGGGAAAAGCGAAAAAUGAGGAUGACACCAAAUGUGAGAUUUUUUUUAAGAAUGAGUUGGUAGAUUGUCUAUGUGGUGAAUUGGAAGAGAGGAGUAAGAAAGCUGAAGCAAGGUGUGUUGAGUUGGAAUUGGAUAUUCAAAAGAAGAAGAGCGAGUAUGAAGUGCUUGAGGACAAAUUUAGGGCAUUGGAGGCUGACAAGCUUGCAAUUGAAGAAGAACUUAAGGUGUUGAAGAGAGAGAAUGAUGAAACUAAAGAGCAUGUUGAUGGUGUUGAAGGUGAAAUGAAGGACAGUAGUAGAAGAGAGAGGGAUGUGGAAAAGAUUGUUGAUUUGACGGAGGAGAAUGAAGAGGAAGAUAAGGUCGUUCAGCUUUUGAUUGAGAACAAGGUUUUGGAAUGUGAGAAGAAAAAGGCUGAGAGUGAGGUUAAAGUUUGGAAGCAAAGGUUUAAGGAGUUGGAGUCGCAGGUUUUACAGUUGGAUGAAAAUUCAUUUGUGAGGUAUGCGGAACAGCCAUUGAUGGGAGGGACAAAAAUUGAAGGGAUUAGGCCUAGAGAUGGAUCGCAUGAUGAAACCGACUUGGACUAUAUGCAAAACAAUGCAAAUGUUGAGAGUUUGGUGGAUGUUGGCUCUACUUUUUGUCAUUCCCCCGGUAAAGGAACCGUUGAUCUGCAAGCAGCAGGCACACCUUUCACUGACUUGCCAUGUAAGCGUGAUGUUUGUAUUGAGGAAGGAAAAAAAGGUGUCUGUUUAGAAUAUGAAGUGAAAUAUGCUAGACAAGUUAGAAAACAAUUGUCUUUUGAAGAAGAGAGAAGCCCUAGCAAAAAGUUGGCUCCGUCCACACCCGGUGGUGCUAGGCCUGCUUCUCUUGGCAUCAUUGAUAUCAGUGAUAGUGACAGUGAAGUGGAUAAUUCUCAUGCUAAGAAAAUCAGAAAGGUUCGAGUUUUAGAGGAUUGCAUAUUAGGAGGAUGUGUGGGUAGUGAAAAAGAAAAAUUUUCUCAAAAUCGUGUGAAACAGACACAUUAUGAUCAGAAUGACAAGGAAGAUAUGGAUGCUCGGGAGGAGAAUAUUUUAAUUUUUCCGACACCCAAAAGAAAACGAGCUUCUAAUGUUGUUAACAGUGACACAGAGAGUGAUGAUGAUAAUGUUCCUAUCUCUAAACUCAAGUGGAUGCAUCUUCAGGAAAAAGUUCCUGAGAUAGUAGGUUCUGAUUUGAAUGACUGCUCAGUUACUGAUACUAUUUCUGUGGGCAACAAUGUGAUGGAUAUUAUAACACCUCCAAGGCGGCGUCUGGUGACUUUGAGAAAAUGUGAAGGAAAAGGUGGGGCAGGAAGAAACAAUUUAAGUCAGGCUAGUGAAACUAAAUAUCAUCAAGGAAUCCCUACAAGGGAGGAUGUUGAGGAUGAGGAUUCAGAAGAAGCUGGGUCAGAAAGUGAGGGUGAAAGUUUGGGUGGAUUUAUUGUUGAGAGCUCUGAUGUUUCUCAUGCUGAUGAUGCUUCUAGUGAGUCACAAGAUGUAUCGGAUGACAAUGUGGACUUUGAUGAGAUCCUAUCCAAACUUCAACGGAACAAAGAUCAUAAAUCAGAAUGGGAGUUUGAGGCAGACAUGCUUGCGGCAUUCGGAAAGGAUAUUGAACUUUGCAUGAAGUCUGUAUGUGCUCUAUAUCGACAACAAACUUCUGAGGAAAAACAUAGUAAGGAGACAUUCUACUAUAAUGGUCGAGGUUUUAGCAAGUUUGAUGCUGAAAGGGGCUCUAGAUUGGCUGAGUUUCUGACUGACGGAGACGCAACAGGUGAUGUUAAGAAAUCUGCUAAGGAGUUGCAAGAGUAUGACCCAAAUGCAGUUGAGCUGUGCCGAAAAUUGGCAACUCACUACUCUAAACAAUUGUUUGAGAUCUACAAGAACAAGGAGGAUGCUCUUUUUCUCUCUUCUUGACAUGACCUGCAACAAAUUCACUGCUAAGAUGUUAGUUUUAAAAUCCUCCACAACAAGAAUAUCCUUGAGAAGGGUGUUUUGCUGGUUUUCUGUUCUCGGCUAGGCCUUCUGGUUAUGCAUGUUCUGUUUGUAUAUAUAGUCAUUUAGGUUAUAUAUCCUAGAGAAGGGUGUUUUGCUGGUUUUCCGUUCUCUGCUAGGCCUUCUGGUUAUGCCUCUUUUGUUUGUAUAUAAUCAUUUAGGUUAUAUGCUUGUAUCUUUAUCAGAGUUAGUGAGUUAUCACUUGAACCCCCCUUCGAAUGUUAGUUGUAUAUAAAAAGUUAAUAUAUAA